AUGUCAAAUCGGGGAUUUACCUCAGGACUCCAGGGACUAGAUAGACCCAUCGUACUUGAUGAAGCUGAUGGCGAUGGAGCUGGACAAGUAUCUACCAUCUUCAGAGACAUCUUCCUUUCAUCAAACAACAACAACAACAUAACAAUAUGCGUCUCUCAACCCUCCUCCUCCCUCUCCUCCCCUCGCCCUCGCCAACCCAAACCCCAACCCAGUAGCCGCACCAGCCCCCAAUCCACCGGCGGCGGCCUCCUCUCCGAACUCCCCACCAUCCUCAACGGCGUCAAAGAGCUCCUAAGCGAGGACACCCUCAACGACCUGCAAACCAUCGUCAAAGGCGGUGCGGUGCUCCUGGGCGGCGACAACGCGGCCAACAUCGCCAAGUUGCUUUCAGGCGAUAACGUCAACAAGCUCCAGGAUGUGAUUGAUAAUGCGCACUCGCUGUUGACGCCGAACUUUGUGAACGAGACGUCGACGUUGAUUGGGGAUGCGACGCCGCUGGUUUCGGCUGUGGAGAAGUUGUUGGGUGGGUUGUUGGCUUCGUUGACGUAG